UUAUAAAACCAUUUAAACGGUUCAAUUUUCGUGCGUUUAAGUCAACAUUUUCCGUCUCACUUGCCGACUUAUGUUCUGUGCUAGCCGACAAGCCGACUUAAGUUACACAGUGCAAGGACUACGUAAGAAACAAGUUUUAAAACGAGAAUUUUUGGUUUUGUGUUGAGAACAAAAGUUUAUUUUUCAAGGAAAAUUUAAAUUUAUAAAAUCUGCACAAUACAUAAAUACAAAAAAAUGGAGGAAAUGUACGACGACCUAUUAAUCGAGCUGGAAUGCCCGAUAUGCACGAACUACAUGUCCCCACCGAUACGCCAAUGCGUGGUGGGGCACAGCGUGUGCGAGACCUGCCGAAAAAAACUGAAAAAAUGCGCCCUGUGCCAGGGCCAAUUCACCGACGCGCGCAACCUAACCCUGGAGAGCCUGGCGCAAAAAAUGCGAUACCCCUGCAUUCACAAAACAUCGGGGUGUCAAAAACGCCUGACGUUCGUCGAGAGGGACAAGCACGAGGAAAGAUGCAACCACAAAGGGUUCAGGUGUGCCAUGGAGAAAUGCAAUUGGUCGGGACAGUUGGAGGAUCUGAACGCUCAUUGGGCCGCCAAAAAGAUGACGAGUAAACCUUACACAUCAAGCAAUCUAUGUCACACUAAAAUGAAGAACGAGUCGUUUUAUGUCAACAUGGUAAACGCGUUUGAUAAAAUGUUUUGGUUUAAGUGUAAAUUAAUAAAUCAAAAACUUUAUUGGGCGGUGCAAUAUAUAGGGCCUUCUAGAGAAUGCGAAAAUUUCUUCUAUGAAAUAGAAAUGUUCAAACAAGGCAGAACAAAAAGGAAAAUACUUUUGAGCGAUUAUUGCCAAUCCAUAGACAUAGAAAAUACAGAUUUACUUACAAAAGAAACCUGUAUAUGUAUACCCACAGAAACCAUAGAACAUCUAUUGAAUGACGACCAAACUUUGGUUUAUUAUAUGAGAAUACACCCGGUAAAAAGUGGUAAAUUCGAAAAUGAAAAUACUCAAGGAUCUAGCACCACAGAGACUUACAGAGCCAGGGAUAAAUCUAGUGGUCGUACAAAAGACCAAAAUAGAAAUAGAAAAAUGACUAUAGCGCCAAAUAAAAAAAAUCGACCCAGUAAAGAAGGGUUUGUGGUUAUAUAAUGCACUGAUAAAGCGC